ACCUUCAUUAUUGUUUCCGACGCGCCCUUUUGUCCGCUCGCUCCAUCCCUGUCCCUUGGCCAACUUACCGUCACGUUAUCUCAUGGAGAGUUCAUCCACCGCCGGCGAUCCAACAACCGGCCGUCAGGCCGGCGGAACGGAGCUGAGCUGGUGCCGUGCGGUCCCCAGCGGCACUGGUGUAACAGUCCUCGCCCUCCUGCUCUCCCGCACUCCUGCUCUCCCCUUACUCCGCUCGUCCCUCCGACGCCUUCAGCUUUCCCAUCCCAUACUCCGUGCCCGCCUCCCCUCCGCCGCUGCCUCCAACUCCAGCAAACCUCCUCCCAUCCUCAUCUCCCCCACUCCUUCCGAUGUUAUCGAGCUCAUUCCCUCCGAUCAAGUAUCGCCGAUUACCGCUAACAGAGGUACGCCGCCGGUCUCUUUCAUCGAUGCGAUCCUGGAGCACGAGAUGAGCCGAAACCCUUGGGCUGAACUCGAGGAGGGUAAGUCCGUCGGGCCCUUCUUCGUUUCCGUCUACGAGCUCCAGGAACCUGGUCAUUCUGUGGUCGCGCUGCGUUUCCAUACCGCAGUCUGCGAUCGAAUCGCCGGGAUAGCGAUCUUGAAGGCACUCAUGGGUUAUAUAAGCAGUGGAGGAGGGGCCGAUCGGGAAGGCAGAGAGGACUCCGCUAAGGAGAAAGAAGGGGAGAUUGGUCUGGCGAUAGAGGAUUUGAUCAGGAACGAGGACGCUCGGAAGCCAUUCUGGGCUCGUGGGAAGGACUUGAUCGGUUACUCGCUGAACGGAAUAAGGUCUUCCGUGUUGCGGUUCGAGGACGCCGGUUCCGCACGCAAGUCUGAAUUCGUAAGGUUUGUGAUGGAUGCGGCGGCGACUCGGAGGUUGCUCACCGCUUGCAAUGCGAGGGGGAUCAAGCUCUGUUCAGCUCUAACAGCUGCUGGAUUUCUCGCCACCUACGACUCCAAAAAUCUUCAGAAAAAUCAGGCUGAAACCUAUUCGGUCGUCACUCUCAUCGAUUGCAGACAAUACUUGAAUCCCCCUCUGACCGAAAACCAUGUUGGAUUCUAUCAUUCUGGCAUCCUAAACACACACACUGUUCACGGAGAAGGAUUCUGGGAAAUGGCCAUUAGAUGCCACAAUGCUUACUCUAAUGCUAAGAAGAACAAGAAGCACCUUUCAGACAUUGGAGAACUGAACUAUCUGAUGUGCAAGGCAAUCGAAAACCCCCACCUCACGCCUUUGUCGUCCCUGCGAACCGCGCUCGUCUCUGUGUUCGAGGAACCAAUCGACUAUGCUCCGAUGGAGGAGUUGAAGGUGCUCGGGGUCGAGGAUUUUUUGGGAUGCUCGUCGGUGCAUGGAGUCGGCGCGUCGGUAGCUUUCUUCGAUACAAUCAGGAAUGGAGAGCUUGACUGUCUCUGUGUUUAUCCUUCUCCCCUGUAUUCCAGAAAGCAGAUUGAGGAGUUGGUGGGCAACAUAAAGAGGUUUCUAAUGGACAGUUGCUGAUCUCCCAUCGUAUGACAUUAUGGACAGUUUAUCCAACCUUGAGUGCAGGUAAUAAAGUAAGUUUUACAUGCAUACCACUCAAUUCUUAUGGAAUUACAUAUCUAACACCUAAACAUCAAUUUUUUACUUACAUAUGCCGCCCUAUUUAUGUAUCAAAAUGUGUGUUUCAGUUCUUUAAAAGUUAAAAUAUUGAUAUUUUUUGAUGUGAUAUGAAAGGAAAAGUUGCCUUGCUAU